GGAAGGGCGGGAAGGUGGUUCAAGCCCGGUCCCUCCCCGCCCGUCGGGCCCGAAAGGUCAUCUGUCUUCUUGAGCUGUGGCCGCUCUGACCGAAAGGUCUCCGAGGCCGGGUCGCGAUCACCGCUGCCUCCGUGGCGAUAAGCAAAGAGGCAGUGUGAAGAGCUUCCGACGUCCCCCUGUCAAGAUGACAAGGAGUCACACAGCAUCACCCUGGCCUUAGCAAAGGUUAUCGCUGGCUGGAGACGGAAAGGUCGAGCUGGCGCGGGGAGAUAACGAGGUCGCCCAGCUCCCUCAAGCGCAUAAAUGGGCCGCUCUAGCUAGACGCUGCACCCCUGCGUCCCGGGUUUCCUUGCGCAAUGGCCCGGCGCGCCCUGCUGCUGCUUCCCCUGCUACUGGCUGUGUGGAUGCGGGAUCCCGGGGCCGAGGGCCGGGCGGCGCCCUACGGAGUGAAACUGUGCGGCCGCGAGUUCAUCCGCGCCGUCAUCUUUACCUGCGGGGGCUCACGGUGGAGACGCGCGGACGCCCUGGAGCUCGAGGCCGCGGUGGAUGCCUUUGAGGGUGUGGACGGCAAUGCGGACAGCCUAGCAGGAGAACCGGAUGACGCCGUGGGCUCCAGCGAGUGGUUGGCUCUGGUCAAGUCCCCCCAGGCCUUCUACAGUGGCCGACCCAGCUGGCAGGGAUCGCCUGGGCCUCUGCGUGGCAGCCGAGAUGUCCUGGGGGGGCUCUCCAGCACCUGCUGCAAGUGGGGAUGCAGCAAGAGUGAGAUCAGCAGCCUCUGCUAGGCUGGGGCUGGGCGUCCGGGGACCACGGCACUGAUGUCCCAGUCCUGCCACCCCAACCCCCGAGCCUAUGCUUCCAGUUCCGCACUCAUGGAUCUGCGGGACUCUGAGCACGGCUGUGGCUUGGAUCACCCCGCCUCCAUCCCUGAGCUCAGACACUCCCACUGUAUCCUGAGCCAGCUGCACCCCAACCUGAGCCAGCAGGGACCCUGCCCUCUCCAUCUGGCCUCACAGUCCCCUGCUACUCCCUGGUCCCCACUACACGAAAGUGGCCAAAAGAAGCCCCUGUCCCCAACUCCAGGGCAAACCAGCUGCUCCUUCUCCUUUGCCAGCCCCUCCUGCCCUCUGCUCCUUCUCUCCCGCUGCCCAGCACCGAGCUGCUCUGCAGACCGCGGGACCGCUGCGGGGUCCCAGAUUCCUGGAUGUCAUGGGCCGGGAGGGGGCGCUGUGGGCGGG